UGGUGGCCAAAAAGGCUGGGGGAGAAAACCACUGUUCCGCAGAUUUUUACUUGAAAUUGGCCGUUCCGAUCAUUUUUGGCCUAAAUUACGCGUCCCGUCAGUUUGUAGUUAAAAUGAUGGUACUAAUUAUUAUUAUUAGAUAUUAUCAUCCGAAGAGGCCAUCAGAAAUUCAUCUUCGGAAAUUCAGCAGAUCUGGAGUCGUCGAACAACAUCUGCUCAACUUUUUGGCUUUCAUCUCAGCUUCCGUUAGAUUUCUCUGUUUGUUCUGUGAGAUUUGUAAGAAGUCUAGGACCACAGCAUCGUCUGGACUACUACAUAGUCUUUUCCUGACGGUUUGUGCAUGGCAGACAGCAACACCAUAGGUGGAGGCGAAUGUCCUCAAUUCAUGGAAGUCACAAGCAUCCAUCUUCUCGACUAGCAGUGGCUUUAUCUCUUAAAGGUCACAGAAGUUUGUCAUACGUUGGGGCCUUGGAUUCACACUUGUGAAACAUGAAAUGACGAAAUGGAUAACCGUUUCACGCCUUGCACCCCCUAAAACUGUCAUUGUUAAGUGGUCGCAAUUGUUUUGAUCCACCACUGUUAUCGGUCAGUUUCUGCCGCGGACGGAGACUCGUUGUAUUUAUAGUUGCGAUAAUAGCAAUUUGCCAGGCUAUUGAAGAUUAGGUUUGUGAGUUUGUUGUUUAUAAUUUACUUCAUCUUUACCGAGGCGGUGUGCUUGGUUCGUUGGUGUUUUCUGCAGUGAACCGAGAGAUCGUUUUUCGGGUUUUACCCGGUUUUUGUUCUUGAUUUGCCACAAGGUUAAUAAGAUCUCGUUCUCUAUCCAUGGUGGCUGGAGUCUUAUGGUUCAUUCUUCAGACAAAAUGGAGACCAUCCAACUUGUGCCACUCUCUGACAGCGACACUGAGCGGUUGAAGCAGGUUUACCCAACUCCAUUCGUUAAACAUGGACGGAGGUAUAUUAGAACAGUGCCUGGAAACAGCAUUUUGCCCAAGGCCUAUGAGAAAUUCAAGGAUCGAUAUAAAAAUUGGAAAGCGCGUGCAGAAGAUGUUUAUAUUUUUACCUUUCCUAAAAAUGGCACAACCUGGGUACAAGAGCUUGUCUGGUGCCUACAGAACAACUGUGACAUAGACAAGGCCAAAGCCAUUUCAGCAUGGGAAAGAGUUCCUUUUUUAGAAAACCCCGUUAUUGUCCAUUUUAUAGAUGAUGCUCGUCCCCGCUUCAAUGGCUACCUCGAGAUGGUAGCGACCAUGGAUUCACCGAGAGUCUUGAAAUCUCAUCUUCCGUUUGGCCAUUUUCCUGAGGACUUGUUCAACAAAUGCAGGAUUGUGAUGUGUUUGAGAAAUCCAAAAGACACAAUAGUCUCGUUUUAUCACUUUGAAAAGUUAAUUCAAUCGCAUGAUUACGAAGGUGAUUUUGAAACCUUCUUUGAUCUAUUCAUGGAUAAUCUUUUGCUUUACACGCCGUAUUUUGAAUAUACCAUUGAAGCUUGGAAGCGACGAAAUCACCCAAAUGUGUGCCUUUUGUUUUUUGAAGAACUAAAAGCUGAUUUAGCUGGCAAUGUCAGAAAGGUGGCAGAAUUUCUGGGGAAGGAAAUCACAGAAGAGCAAGUUGGGAUUUUGGUUGAUCACUUGAGCUUUAAGAAAAUGAAAGAAAAUAAAUCUUUGAACCUCGAAGCUUUUCAAGAUGGAAAGACCAUGAAGAAAGAAGGGAGCUUUAUUCGGAAAGGGGAGGUAGGAGACUGGAAGAAUUAUUUCACUGAAGAGAUGAACAAGCGAAUGGAUGAGGCAAUUGAAAAGUAUUUUAAGCCUGUUGGACUUGAAUUUCGCUUUGAGUAACUGCGUAAGUCUUUAGAAGUCUAGGGUACGGAAAAAAUGUAUUUUUUGGAACAAUGGUUAACUAGCGUUUUUGAAAAAAUGUUUGUAUCCGUGCAUCUACUGCCAAAUCGAUGAAACGAUAGACUUUUUAUCGAAGAAACUCCAAUUUGUCACUAUUACGAUUAAAGUUUAAUUUGACAUCUGUGAUUUGUUUGAGGCUAUUUUGCACCCUAUCAAUUACAAGGCUGUUUCAUUCCCAGUACACAAAAGUUAUCGCUUCCUUCAAAAUGAAAACUUGAGGUAAACUAUUCUCUGCUCAACCUGGACACUCCGUAUCUUAAAAGUUCUUUUGUUAAACGAAACUUUACAUUUACUUUUUUUACAAUAAGGCUUGUAGGCCGAAAUGGCCCAUCGCCAACACAAUUACUAUACUUACAAGUUAACAUAAUUACAAAUUCACAAGCUACUGAAGUUUUGCGGAUCAUUGAUCGCGUUCUCUUUUGAGACACGAGAGACAUUUCAACCUUGCCCAUUUGUCAUUUCGCCAAGAUAUUUGUUUACCUUCCUUUAGAAAAAUUUGACGUGACGCAAACAACAAGCAGUUAAUGUUGGAUACGACGUUUAGAUAAUAAAAGACACGGAGCCUGCUUUUUUAUAUCAUUUCAAAAGACUGUCUUCAUAAGUUAAUGAUAUAGUCUACAAUGUCUCUGUUCAUCUCUUUAAACAGUGACAGGUGCAGGCGUAGCCAAUGUGGUAAAAUUUCGAAAGUUGUCAAUAGUGAUAACACUAGUACGAGAAAGCAUUUCACAGGGAGCCUGGAUAUGAAGAAGAGGCAACAUUGAAAUUAAACAUGCUAGAAUGAUCAAACUUGUGUUUUCUACGAAAUAAAAUGUCUGUCCAGUUUCUCUAACGUUUGUCCAGCAAUCUUCACAUCGUCUAGUCUUUCUCAAAAAUUGUCUCUUAGCCUUUUUAGUUGCUCCAUUCCUUUUGUUUAUUUGAGAGCAAGGCAUUUCAGUUCAAAAUGUUCUCGUUUUGGGAUGCAGCCAAGCUCGGGUGCCAGUCUAUUUGACUUGACCCUAACCCAGCUGAUAAUAUAGUGGGUCCAAGGCACUGAUCUUAUGUCCAAAGUCGUGGCAUAGUAUUACCAUAUGUCCAUGGAACCAAUUAUACAGACUCCUCCGUUAGUUAUUCUACACUUGUGUACUUACCCCGCAAUGCCCAAGUCCUCUUCUUAUCCCAACCGCCCAGUCUCUCCCUAUUCAUUCACCCACACCAAACCCCGCCCAAUCUCUCUC